AUGAGCAACGUGAGCGUACUCGAUAAGACGCCACGUGUGGCUGAGGAGAUAACUAAAUACCCACGAUCAGAUCGUCUGGGAUCACGUGAGCUGAGCUACGGUACUGCGGGUUUCCGUGAAGAUGCGGGAUUGUUGAUGUCCACGUGCCAUCGCAUGGGAAUGUUAGCGGUUUUACGCUCCAAGAACAUGGGAAAGAUCGUGGGAGUGAUGAUCACAGCUUCACAUAAUGAAGUGAGUGAUAAUGGACUCAAGAUUAUCGAUCCUAAGGGCGAUAUGUUGAGUGAAAAGUGGGAAACGUACGCGAUGCAAUUGGCUAAUGCAGCUCAAGACAAAGUCGUUGAGGUUUUGGACUCAAUUGUGGCAGCUGAGAAGAUUGAUUUGGAGCAGACGGGUAAUAUCUUUAUUGCCAAAGAUACACGGCCGUCUAGUGAACAUUUGGUCGAGCUGGCACGUGAGGGAGCGCUCGUGAUUGGUGGCAAUGUGCUUGACUUUGGACUGCAGACGACGCCGCAGCUGCAUCACCUUGUUCGUAUGUGGAACUAUGAGCAGUACAACAAGGGAGAUUGGGCUUCUGAGGUCGGCUAUUACAAUAUGCUGAGUGAUGCCUUUAAGCAGCUUACGGCCACGCACGACUCCAAGCGUCUGGAGACACGGCUGCCGCUUUACGUGGACUGUGCCCACGGUGUUGGUGCGCUACAGGUGGUCAAGUUGGCUAAGGAUCUGGGCGACUCGCUUCGUCUGGAGAUUGUCAACACGCCUAGCGAUGGUGAGCUGAACCUCCAAUGUGGAGCUGAGCACGUUGAAAAGUCGCGCCAGCCGCCUUCGAACAUGUCCCGAGACAACGACCGUGGCAAGCGAUACUGCAGCAUGGACGGCGAUGGCGACCGAAUCGUGUUCCACUACUUCGAUGACGAAGGCACGUGGCAUUUGCUAGACGGCAAUAAGAUUGCCUGUCUCUUUGCCGAGUUUCUAUCGGAGAAACUGCAUAUCUUGGACCUUGAGCAGGAGGGCAUAACGUUUGGCUGUGUGAUGACUGCGUAUGCCAACGGCGCCGCCACUCAGUACCUUCAGGCUCUAGGCAUCAACGUGGUGCAGGCAAAGACUGGUGUCAAGUAUUGUCACGAGAAGGCGUCGCAGUUCGACAUGGCUGUGUAUUUCGAGGCCAAUGGCCAUGGUACGGUAGUUUUCAAGGACGCGCUGCUGGACAAGCUGCAUAAAUGGGAGAACACACUGCACGAUGAGCGCAAGAAGCUAGCGCUAUCGCAGCUGCUCGCGGCGUCGCAGCUUGUGAACCAGGCCACGGGUGAUGCAAUGUGCGACCUGUUGUUCGUGGAGGCGCUGCUUGUGCAGAAGAACUGGAGUAUCAGUGACUGGGAUGCCGUUUACAACGACCUGCCCAGCCGCCAGACAAAGGUGAAGGUCGCGGACCGCAGCGUGAUCAAGUUAGCCGAGGAGGACGAUACUCAGGUGCUUGCCCCCGAGGAGCUCCGCUCCGCGCUGGACUCUGCUCUGCAGGAGUACGCCAACAAGCGCGGGCGCGCAUUUGUGCGUCCAUCGGGCACCGAGGACGUGGUGCGUGUGUACGCCGAAGCGGACACCCAGGAGGACGCUGACGCUCUCGCUCUGCAGUUCGCCAAGCUCGUGCACCAGCACUGCGGUGGCGUGGAUGAGGAACCUGCUAGUUUCGUGGCAUAA